AUGUCUACAGCAGCUCAACGAAUUCAAGGCCUGACAGCGCAGCUUCCAGGAGGUGCGGACCGGGCGGCACUGGCACGGCUCCAGGCCAAGGAUCCGAAGGAUGUGGUCAUCACGCUCGCAGUCCGAACGCCCUUGACCAAAGCCAAGAAAGGAAAGCUCAAGGAUACUCCGCUGGAAGGUCUCCUGGUAUCUGUCCUGCAGAGCACGGUAAAGAAAUCCGGAAUCGACCCAAAACUGGUCGAGGAAAUUGUACUGGGUAAUGUUCUCCACAAGGACGCGCCAUACACAUUGCGCGCAUCAGGUUUCGCUGCUGGAUUUCCCGCGACGACAGCCGUUUCCCACGUCAGUCGCUGGUGUUCAUCCGGCCUCCUUGCGGUUGAGUCCGUCGCUCAAAAGGUUGCGCUGGGCAGCAUUGACAUUGGAAUCGCUGUCGGUGCCGAGAGCAUGAGUAUCAAUCCUGAUAAUGGCGCUCCCAAGUUUCCUGAUGAGUUCAUGGCCAAUCCUCUCGUUGAGGACGCGACCCGCUUGAUGCCUUGGACGUCAGAGAAUGUUGCACGAGACUUCAACAUCAGCAGAGAAAGACAAGAUGAGUAUGCGGCGGCUUCGUUCCAGAAGGCUGAGGCUGCCCAGAAUGCUGGAUUUAUGGAAGAUGAAAUUGUGCCUGUCACCACAAGCUGGAAGGACCCCAAGACGGGUGAAAUCCAGCAAGUGACGGUAGACAAGGAUGACGGCAUCCGCGCCGGCACGACGAAGGAGGGUCUUUCCAAAAUUCGAUCGGCCUUCCCUCAGUGGCCUCCCGCAACGACCACAGGCGGUAACGCCUCGCAGAUUACCGACGGAGCUGCCGCGGUUUUGAUCAUGCGCCGCGAAGUUGCUGAGAGACUCCAGCAGCCAAUUCUCGGCAAGUUCGUUUUGUCCACGGUGGUCGGGGUCGAGCCCCGCGUCAUGGGUGUGGGGCCCGCGUAUGCGAUUCCCAAGCUCCUAGGUAAAGUUGGGCUUUCAAAGGAAGCCGUUGAUAUCUUCGAGAUCAACGAGGCUUUCGCGUCCAUGUUGGUCUACUGCACCGAGACACUUCAGCUUGAUCCCGCUCGACUCAACCCCCGCGGCGGAGCAAUCGCCUUUGGCCAUCCGCUUGGCUGCACCGGUGCCCGUCAGAUAGUGACAGCACUGUCGGAGCUCAGACGUACUGGUGGCAAGAUCGCCGUGACGUCUAUGUGCGUUGGGACUGGAUUGGGAAUGGCCAGCCUGUUGGUGUCAGAGCAAUGA